AUGUACCGACCGAAUUUCUACGAAUCAACGUGCCUCCGGUGCAGCGAAAUCGUUUAUCAGGUGGAUAGGGUGGGACCGCUGAAAGAUUUUACUUUCUUCCACUCCGGAUGCUUCAAGUGCAAACGGUGCGGAACCAAGCUGACGCUCAAGACCUACUACAACAACCAGCACAAUCAGGAUGAUAAAGAGGUCUACUGCUGUUCACAUGUCCCGAAAAGUGGCCCUGGACAUUUCGAUCAAACUUCCGUGGGUAUAAGGCAGGCGCUAAACGUACCCAAAAGCACGAACUAUGUGAACGAACAAAUUCGGGGUCAUCGAAACGAUAGCAUUGAUGGACAACCGCGGCUUGGCACACCGAAUGGGUACAAUAAUGGUAGCAGGGAAGGUAAUACGCCACCACAAAAUGAUCCGGACUACAAGUACGGUCGAUUCGACGCCAGUGCGUUACACAUAGCACAUGCUUUGAAGCAGACAGAAAUCCAGAAGGCUUACGAUAAAGCACGUGAGAAGCCGAUCGAUUACUAUCUUGCACGCGAUGAACAAGCGAAACUGGAAAUGAAACAUCGCAAAGAGGAGGACGAUCUAUACCGGAAGUUUGCCCGCAAACGAGAGGAAGAAGAUCGACGAAUGCAAAGUGAGAUUCAGGACGAAUGGGAAAGAGAACUGCAACGGUUAGCGCACAAAUUUGAAAAAGAGCUAACCACGAGUCGACGAUCGCGCGAGGAUCAAAACAUUCUUACGCUUAAGCACGAGCAGCAAAAGGAAGACCUCGAAAAGAACAUGACCAUCCGCAAGACAAAGAAGAAGGAAAGCCUAACGAGAAAGCUGCUCGAACACGAGCGUUCCGAAACGGCAGCCCUGGUUGAUCGUCAAUCAAGCGAAAUGCUGGAACUGAUCAGCGUCAGACGAAGCGAAUACAUGCAAAGCGAAAGCAUAUUCCUUGAUGACGACAUCAACGAAACUGUGGUGGCAAUGGAGUACCCACUGGUUGCUCCAAAACCAGCACCACCAGCCUUGAGCAAAUUCCAGGUGUACAACGAUCCGGUUGAGUUUACGGACGUGGACCAAAUCGCGAUAACGGUCGCGCAGGAAGAUCAGAAAACGUUUACGGAUCUCGUGCGACAGCUGGUGGGCCGUUGUACUUCGGACAUUGAAAAAGCGCGCACAAUUUUCCGAUGGAUUACGGUGAAAAACCUGAAUACGAUGACCUUUGAUGAUAACUUGCGGGGCGAUACACCGAUGGGUCUGCUGCGAGGCAUCAAAUACGGCACGGAAAGUUACCAUGUACUGUUCAAGCGGCUCUGCAGCUACGCCGGUUUGCACUGUGUGGUUAUUAAAGGAUACUCAAAGAGUGCCGGAUACCAGCCGGGAGUGAAAUUUCAAGAUUCAAGGUUCCGCAACUCGUGGAAUGCAGUCUACGUGGCGGGAGCGUGGCGAUUCGUGCAAUGCAACUGGGGUGCCCGGCACCUGGUCAACGCGAAGGAAGCUCCGAAAACUGGCAAAGGCAAGAACGAUAGCCUGCGAUAUGAGUACGAUGAUCAUUACUUCUUGACAGACCCACGAGAGUUUAUAUACGAGUUUUUCCCGCUGCAAGAGGAAUGGCAGUUAUUGAAGCGACCGAUCACACUGACGGAGUUUGAGAACUUACCAUUCGUCCGUUCGCUGUUCUUCCGUUACGGGUUGCACUUUGCCGAUGACGGUUAUGGUGCUGUAGUCUACACCGACGACACAGGAGCGGCUACCGUUCGGAUAGCAAUGCCAUCCGAUAUGCAGGGAUGCUUGAUCUUCCACUACAAUCUCAAGUUCUAUGACAGCGAUGAGGAUUCGUUCGACGCCGUGUCCUUGAAGCGAUUCGUCAUGCAAUCCGUAAUCAGCAACGUUGUUGCUUUCCGUGUGCAUGCGCCUUGCUCCGGUGCUUUUUUGCUUGAUAUUUUUGCCAAUGCCGUCACACCGCAAGAGUAUCUCACCGGAGAACCCAUGAAGUUCAAAAGUGUGUGCAAAUUUAAGAUAUGUUGCGAAGAGUUGCAAACCGUUAUGGUGCCCUUACCGGACUGUGCCAGCGGUGAAUGGGGCCCAACAAAAGCGACCAGAUUGUUUGGCCUUAUACCCAUAACUCAUCCGGAACCACUUAUAUUCGCCGGACGAGCUAUCGAACUGCAAUUCCGUAUGUCACGACCACUCACAGACUUUAUGGCAACGUUGCACAAAAAUGGCAUAGAGGAGAAGAAACUCUCAAAAUACGUCCAACAGACAGUUAUCGAUGAUAUGAUAACGUUUAACAUAAGCUUUCCUGAGGAAGGACAAUACGGUUUGGAUAUAUAUACUCGGGAGGUCGGAUCGGUUUCGCACAACAACAACUCUUCCAAUGAAAAGCAUCUACUCACGCAUUGCUGCAAAUAUCUAAUUAAUUCAUCGAAACGAAACUAAAACAAUGUCUUGGAUGCUUAGCAACAGUAACAGAGUACGCAACGGGGGCAUACUACUACCUUGAAUGUUAGAAGAGCCUUUUACCCUUAACGCUUUUAGCGCUGUAAAUAUUGAACUCACAAUCUUCCUUAACCAUUCCCGACCUCCCGCAGUAUGACAAACAGCAUUAGUACGGAUGCGCUGCUCUGGAAUGCUGUAUGUUGUAUGUUUAUCGUAACAUAA